UAUGGUGCAGAAACUCAGCUCAUGAUCUUACCAGUAUAACCUAUUUUCUUACUUCUCCACAAACCGACACUUUACCAAAAAAAUCCCCCAAAAAAGCAAAAAUAAGAAAGCUUCACAACUUAAUAGUGAGCUCAAGAGUGAGUGAUUAGUGAUUAGCCUUGUUUAACCAAAACCCACUUGUUACCUUUUACCUAAAUUAGCAAACCUAGUGGAGAUUUGACUGGUUUUGGUCUUUUGGGAGAAGAAAUAGUACUUUUACAGCCCACACAUCAAAUCAAAACCCUCUAGAGAGGAAGCAAAAGACAGAGAAAAAAAGACCCCAAGACACAAAUACUUAAACCCAAUUAAACACUCUUCUUCUUUCUUUUCUUUCCCAACUCCUCUUUAGCAAAGUUUCAUGUUUGUUUGAGUAGUUUUUUUGCAUGCACUUUAGAGAUCAUAGUCAUAGAAUAUUAUUAUUGUGAUUGUUGUUAUAAUUAUAAUAAUAUGGCUGAUAAUCAAGGAGCUGCCACUACUAGUCUUAUGAGAGACUACAGAAAAGGGAACUGGACAGUAAGUGAAACGAUGAUCCUAAUUGAGGCAAAGAAGAUGGACGACGAGAGAAGAAUGAAGAGAAGCACAGGAAACGACAGCGAAGGAGGAUCAAUCAGGAUCAACAAACCGGCGGAGCUGAGGUGGAAAUGGGUUGAGGAUUAUUGUUGGAGAAAAGGGUGUAUGAGGAGCCAAAACCAGUGCAACGACAAGUGGGACAAUCUCAUGAGGGACUACAAGAAAGUGAGGGAUUACGAGAGAAAAGUCAUGGCCGAUCAUCAAGGAAUUAGUACUAGUAGUGCGACCGAUCAGUCCUAUUGGAAGCUUGAGAAGAACGAGAGGAAAGAUAAGAACCUGCCCACCAACAUGUUGCCUCAAAUUUACGAGGCUUUGGUUGAGGUUGUGGAGAAGAAACCUCCGAGGGCUUUGGCUGCUUUGGUGCCAAUAACUUCGACUCCUCCAGCCACUGUUGUUGGGUAUAAUGUGGUGGAGAGAAUUAUCGGCGGCGGCGGCGGAAGUGGCCGUGGCAGCGGUACUAGUAUUAUUCAUCAUCACCAACAACAAACGCCGUUAGUGGCGUCAGCACAAGCUUUAUUGCAGCAUCAUAUUUCACCGUCACCAAUUACAGCAUUGCCACUUCCACCAGCGGUGCCGGCAGCGCCGAGUCCAAUGCAAGCGCAACCUCUUCCGUACCCACAGCCGAUAUUGCCCACAAUGUGUGAUAGCUCAGAUUCUGAUACAAGUGAGAAUCCUUCUCCACACUCACCAGCAAAGAGAAGAAGAAAAACAGACCAACAACAACAACAACAACAACAACAAGAACAAGGGACGACAAGUGCAAGUGCAAGAAUUAGCACUGGCACAAGCUCAUCAAAUCAUGAAGUGGCUUUUGCCAUCUCCAAAAGCGCUUCCAUUAUAGCAGAAGCACUUCAGGCCUGUGAGGAGAGAGAAGAGAGAAGGCACAGAGACCUUCUGAGCUUGCAUGAGAGGAGGCUCAAGAUUGAGGAAUCUAAGACUGAGGUCAACAGGCAAGGCAUUAAUGGCCUCGUUGACGCCAUUAACAACCUCGCCAAUUCCAUCCAAGCUCUGGCUUCCGACAAGCACCAAUCCACUUCCAAACCUUCUUAG